CAUUCUGUUUUUUUCGACGUCUUUUGAUGACGUAGAAGAAGAGCGACGCGCACACAUGCGACUAGUAUUUUCACAUUAUGGCAACAGUUCAAGUCAGCGAGGCCGAAAAAGUUUACAUUUUACACGGAAUACGAGAUGAUUUGCGGGUGGAUGGAAGAGGCUGUGAGGACUACAGACACAUGGAGAUAGAGACCGAUGUGGUGUCCAACACAGACGGCUCAGCCAAAAUCACACUGGGUCACACAGCAGUUCUAGUGGGGAUAAAGGCUGAAAUAGGAAAACCAAGGCCCAUGGUGCCAGAUGAAGGUUAUUUGGAGUUCUUCGUUGACUGUUCGGCCAACGCGACCCCUGAAUUUGAGGGCAGAGGAGGCGAGGAGCUGGGGACGGAGCUGAGCAACACUCUCUACAAAGUCUUCAACAACAAACGCAGCGUGGACCUGAAGAGCCUCUGUAUCAGUGAAGGAGAACACUGCUGGGUGCUGUACGUGGACGUGCUGCUUCUGCAGUGUGAUGGAAACUUGUACGACGCAAUCUCAAUAGCUAUCAAGGCAGCUCUCUUCAACACAAAAAUUCCCAGAGUUCAAAUAUCAGCAGAUGACGAAGGAGGGAAGGAAAUCGAGCUGUCAGACGAUCCGUAUGACUGCAUGAGGCUUAAUGUAGAAAAUGUCCCCUGUAUAGUGACCUUGUGCAAGGUGGGCCACAGACACGUGGUGGACGCGACUCUGCAGGAGAAGGCCUGCUCUGUGGCGAGCCUCAUCAUUUCUGUCACGCACAAGGGCACAGUCACCUGCACGAGGAAGGUGGGCGGAGGCAGCCUGGACCCAGAGAGCAUCUUUGAAAUGACAGAGGCAGGUAAACGGGUCGGAAAAGCUCUUCACACUCCACUCAUGAAGCUGCUGCAAGAGGAGGAGAGUUUGGGGAAGAAGAGACAGAAAGUUGGCUUCCUUGGUUAAAAUCAGCUACUGUAUCUACAGUGUGUAUAAACAUGUAUACAUCAUUUUCUAAUAAAACUUUUAAUUUGUA